AUGCCGCUCAAGAGGACGCAAGGUUUCUCUGACGAUCCCAGCCGGCCGCGUGUAGUGGAGAAGUAUGGAUGCGUGGUAAUUGAAGUUCAAGACUGGAUUGAUGGGAUCAGCCAGCGGGCGUGGCAGCGGGACAGGAAGCAGAUCUUCGGGCCCGACAGUGAGCCGUACGUGUUGGAAGCUGUCUACAAGUUCUCUGUCGAUGCGGGAGACAAUCGGGAGCUCUGA